AUGUAUCCAGUCGAGAACCCGGAGGUCGGCACAAACCCUGAGGUUUGGGCCAGAGAGAUGCAGGCGUGCAUUCUCGGUCUGGAUAUGGUCAAUGCUUCCAUGGACAUUAUGGUGCAGGGGCUGCUGCGCAUCGGCACGCUGUUGAGCUAUCCGCAGGCGAUCUCCAUCUUUGUGAUAAGCACCGAAGCUGUUUGCAGCAAUGGCACGAUUGAGCAUGCUGAGAAUGCGGCAGCGAAAAGUGGCAUUCUCGUCCGGGAAGGGCAGGCGCUUUCUUCCAAGGCUUGUGAUGAUCGACUUGCCACAGGGGCUUCUCUCAAGGAGCUCCAGCUUGUCGGGGACAGACUUCGCUACGAGCUCCUGACCGGCACUGGUCCCAAGUCCGGUUGGGUCAGCACGAAAAUCAGUGGGAAAGAGCUGGUGGUUCGACGGGCAGCCGCGCCGGCUGAGGCCGUCAAGAUGCCAGAAUUUGAGGUGCUGGACGAGAGCUACCUGUCAAUGAAAAAGGGCGCAUCUCCCACGGGCAAAACGCCUUGGUUGAAGAUGCUUGGGAAGACGAAUCCGGAUGCCAAAGGGCGUCUGGUCAUCUUUUCCUGGACAGGCAAUCGGGGUGGACAGGGUUCUGCCCACAACUUCAUGAAGCCCGCCUCGCCUGCUUGGACGGAGCAUCUGAAGAGCUUUCAGCAGUACGAGGUGAAUUAUCCUGGCCGUGGCACCCGGGUGAAAGACCCCCUUUACGAGGACCCGGCAAAAUACGUGACAGACAUCGUGGUUGCCUUGCAGGACGCUCUGAAAGACGGCCUCCCGUUUGUGUUGCUGGGCUUCUCCUUUGGCUCCAUCCUGGCCAUGGAAGUAGCAAGGUCAUUGCAGGCAAAAGACAUGGGCCCUCUCGCUGUGGUGGUGGUCAGUGCAGAGGCUCCGCAGUGGCCUGGCCGUGCAUCUCUGGGCUUAGCGGGCCUCGGCGAAGCCCGGUUUGAGCAGAUGCUCAAGGACAAGGGCGGGACGGAGUUCAUUUUGCAAGACCCGGGCAUGAAGAAAAUGUUCGUGCCGGUCAUCACGGCGGACUGCAAGCUAGAGGAGAACUACAGGUUUGACGUCUCUGCCGGGCCACUGAAGUGUCCUCUUCUCGUCUUCUAUGGCAACAAGGAAGGGCAUGACAAGAUGAAGACCAUCAUUGGCGCCGACGCGGCAGAACCUUGGAUGGACCUCACUGCCUGUCCCAAACUCUCCAAGCUCCAAGUGCUGGAGAGCGAUUGGUAUGUGUUUCAAGAUGCCGGCGCGACUGAAGCGGUUGCGGCAGGGAUCCAGGACCUGUGUAAGGUCGUGUUGAUGGUGAUCGCGGUAGUGGCAGUGGUGAUUGCUACUUUGCUUGCUUGGCAUCCGCUUUGUGGUUUCGUGUUUGCGGGAGACAGGCCAACCUCCGACAUCCAACGCCUACGAGUCUUGGGACUGGCGGCAGUCUCCUACGGCGCUGGGUCGGUAGACAAAGCAGCCUUGUUGGCUGCCGUUCGCGAAGGUGUUGCCGAACGCGGCGGUGAAGAGAUUUGGCAGGCUGGUGCGAGCGCGCUAGCGCAAAACCUGGAUGCGAGCCAGGAGGAUGCCGAACUGAUCCUUGCCAAGGCCUUCGGUUGGACCGGGUGGUACGAGCUCAACAGGCCUAGCUACCUGAAGCCGAAGCUCCCUCCGGCUCCACAACAGAUCUUCGAAGCGCUAAGCUGGCUCAGGCAAGGCCCCCUGCAGCUGACAGCAGAGCAGCUCCGCAAUGCCCUGGCGAUCAAGCCCUUGGUGUACUUGAAGGAGCCAAGAUCUUCCUACGAAUCGGCGCUGCAGGUGGCACCGGAGCAGUGGCGAUCGCCGGACGCCUUCAAAGAGUUGUUGCUCAGGGAGCCGCAGGUACUGGACCUGACCCACAACUGUCUUCUUACAGAUCCUGCAGAACGCAUAAAAGAUGAAUGGGGUGAGGCUGUUCACUGCGAUGGCAAAUGCACGCAUUGCUGGCGGACUGCUACUCCCAAACUCAUGGGCAAGGUCUUGGACGGCGUAGAGGUGUGA